CGCCGAUAUCGUAGGAAUAGGACGGAAAUCGCAGUCACUUCAGCGAUCAGCAACGCUGCAAAUUUGUUUCAGCAGUUGCACCAUCUCCAGAAAUGGGGCCACAUGGAAUGCAAGUUAGUCCUGGUUGCAAUCCUCCACCUCAGCAAUCUCAAAUUCCUCCUUCUCCCCAUGCUGCUACUGCCAAUGCACCACCCCCUCAGCCACAAAACCAAAUUCCACCCAGUCAAAAUUAUCAAAUGAUGCCCCAGCAUAUGGGUCCUCCUCCUUCACCAUCAAAUUCAAAUAUCAACUAUAUACCACCAUCUCAAAAUAAUGUGAUGAAUGCUACUCAUAUGGCUCCUCAUCCACACAUCAAUGCCCCUCAGCAACAUACCCAGAAUUAUGCUUCUUCACCAUCAAAUUAUCAGCAACCCGCUCCACACUCAAGUCCUCAUGGAGGGCAAAGUCACAUGGUGCCUGGACCUGCACCUGCCCCCGUGCCUCCGAACAUGGAUUCUACUGAACAGCCUCAUCAUCCUCAUCCUAAUUAUCCACCAGGCUCUAUUAAUAGUUCUCAAGGAUCUCCUCAUCCAGAAAGUUCUCCUGUUCCGCCUUCAGUUUGUAGUCCAAUGCCUACUCCAGGAGGAUCAGGUCCACCUAGUCAAAAACCAUCAUUAUUAACUCAAGCUCAAAUGAAUCAACUCAGAGCUCAAAUAAUGGCAUAUAAACUUCUUGCUAGAAAUCAACCAGUUCCUGAACAUAUUAUUAUGGCACUGCAAGGAAAACGCCCAAUGCCGAAUCAAGCAAUGUAUUCCCAAAGACCACCUGGUGCACCAUCUCCUGUUCAACCCAUAAGGGGACCAGGGCCACAAAAUCAGCCACCUCCACAAAAUAUGAGUGGAGGGAUGAUGCCACAGCAAAUGCCUCCUUCACAAGCAAUGCAUCCCCAUAUGCCACCAUCAUCAAUGCCACCUCCUCAGCCCCAACAAGCUGCUACUGCACCAGUUGCUCCACAGCACCCUCCAAUGAACAAUGCUCCAGCACCAGCCAUGGCUAUGCAGGGUCCUCAAAACAGACCCCAAGGUCCACCUAAUUCUCAGUCAGUGCCUAUUCCUGCUAUGAUGCAACUGCAACAACAGAAGCAAAAUCGUCUAACCCCUGUUGCAAAACCUCAAGGGAUUGAUCCUAUAGAAAUACUAAAAGAAAGAGAAAACAGAUUAGCAGCAAGAGUGGCUUUACGCAUUCAAGAGUUAUCAUCUAUGCCAGCUGAUUUACCUGAAGAUAUAAGAUGUAAAGUAAUGACAGAGUUGCUUGGACUUCGUUUAUUAAACUUUCAAAGACAAUUAAGAUCAGAAGUAAUUAGCCGCAUGAGAAGAGAAAGUACUUUAGAAACUGCUUUGUAUCCGAAAUUAUAUAAGCGAACUAAACGUCAAGGUCUUCGAGAAGCUAGAAUAACUGAAAAGUUAGAAAAGCAGCAGAAACUAGAACAGGAAAGAAAGAGGCGACAAAAGCAUCAAGAAUACUUAAAUGCUGUUUUGCAACAUGCAAAGGAUUUCAAAGAAUACCAUAGGAAUAUGAUGGGUAAGAUUGGAAAGGUUAAUAAAGCAGUAAUUACUUAUCAUGCUAACACUGAACGAGAACAAAAGAAGGAGCAAGAAAGAAUUGAUAAAGAACGUAUGAAACGUCUCAUGGCUGAAGAUGAAGAGGGUUAUCGUAAACUCAUUGAUCAGAAAAAAGACAAACGCUUGGCCUUCUUACUAUCUCAAACUGAUGAAUAUAUUCACAAUCUUACUGAUAUGGUGAAACAACAUAAACUCGAACAAAAACGAAAAUUAAAAGCGAAGCGUAAGGCAAAGAAAAAGAAGAAACAGCAGCAGAUGGGUGACAAUCCUGAUGUAAAUGAUUCUCUUCAAGAAAGUUUAGUUGAUGAAUGUUCUCAACAAAGUGAUCUUAGAGUCAACGUUAUUGAAACCACUACAGGUAAAACACUUACUGGAGCAAAUGCUCCUCUUGCAAGUCAGCUAGAAGCAUGGUUGGAGAUGCAUCCUGGGUAUGAAGUUGCUCCUCGAGAAGCAAGUGAUGAUGAUGAAGAAGAUGAUGAUACAUCUGAUUCAGAAGAAGAAGAUGAAUUGCCCAAACCUCCUAAAACCACUGUAGUAAGAACUACUGAAGAGGCAAAACAAAGUCUUGAUUCUGCUACUGCUGAAGAUGAUGAAUAUAUGAAUAUGGGAGGCUAUCAAAACUAUUAUAAUAUUGCUCAUGCUAUUGGUGAGGAAGUUAAAGAGCAGGCAUGUCUUAUGGUGAAUGGUAAACUUAAAGAAUAUCAAAUCAAAGGAUUAGAAUGGCUAGUUUCUUUGUAUAAUAAUAAUUUAAAUGGCAUAUUAGCUGAUGAAAUGGGUCUUGGUAAAACUAUUCAAACAAUUGCUUUAAUUACUUACUUAAUUGAGAAGAAAAGAGUAUAUGGUCCAUAUUUGAUAAUUGUGCCUUUAUCUACUUUGUCAAAUUGGAUGCUUGAAUUUGACCGUUGGGCUCCAUCAGUGAUAAAAUAUGCAUAUAAAGGUUCUCCAAAUGUUCGAAAACAAAUUGCUUCUAGCUUAAAAGCUACUAAGUUUAAUGUUCUGUUGACUACAUAUGAAUAUGUUAUAAAAGAUAAAGCUACUCUCGCAAAAGUACACUGGAAAUAUAUGAUAAUUGAUGAAGGUCAUCGAAUGAAAAAUCAACAUUGCAAACUAACUCAAAUAUUAAACACUCAUUACACUGCCCCUCAUCGUUUGUUACUUACUGGAACACCACUUCAAAACAAACUUCCAGAAUUAUGGGCUCUUCUGAACUUUUUACUACCAAGUAUAUUCAAAUGUUGUAAUACAUUUGAACAGUGGUUUAAUGCACCAUUUGCUACUACUGGUGAAAAAGUUGAAUUGAAUGAAGAAGAGACAAUUUUGAUUAUCAGACGUUUACAUAAGGUUCUAAGACCUUUCUUACUAAGAAGGCUGAAAAAAGAAGUAGAAUCCCAGCUACCUGAAAAAGUAGAAUAUGUUGUCAAAUGUGAUAUGUCAGCUUUACAACGUUUGAUGUAUAGACACAUGCAAACCAAAGGCGUUCUUUUGACUGAUGGCUCUGAGAAAGAUAAGAAAGGCAGAGGUGGUGCAAAAACAUUAAUGAACUCCAUUAUGCAAUUGCGCAAAAUAUGUAAUCAUCCUUUUGUGUUCCAGAAUAUUGAAGAAGCAUAUGCGGAACACUUGGGGCUGAGCACAACAGUAGUUAGUGGACCCGAUCUUUACAGAGCAUCUGGAAAAUUUGAACUCCUUGAUCGUAUUCUACCUAAAUUAAGGAAAACAGGACAUCGUGUAUUGCUUUUCUGUCAAAUGACAACUUUGAUGACAGUAAUGGAAGAUUAUUUGAAUUAUCGUUCACAUUCAUAUUUGAGACUCGAUGGUACUACAAAAUCAGAAGAUAGAGGACAUUUGCUUGAGCUGUUCAAUGAUGCCGAUUCGCCAUACUUUUUGUUUUUGCUGAGUACUCGCGCUGGUGGAUUAGGUUUAAAUCUUCAGGCUGCAGACACAGUAAUAAUUUUUGAUUCUGAUUGGAAUCCUCAACAAGACUUACAAGCUCAGGAUCGAGCUCAUCGUAUUGGUCAGCAAAAUGAAGUACGAGUCUUGAGAUUAGUGACGGUAAAUUCGGUUGAAGAAAGAAUUUUAGCGGCUGCUAAAUAUAAAUUGAAUUUAGAUGAGAAAGUUAUUCAAGCUGGUAUGUUUGAUCAAAAAUCUACGGGAACUGACAGACAUAAUUUUUUGCAAGCAAUACUUGCGCAAGAUGAAAUUGAUGAAGAAGAAGAAAAUGAGGUACCAGAUGAUGAAACUAUCAAUCAGAUGAUAGCUAGAAAUGAGGAUGAAUUUGAGUUGUUUCAAAAAAUGGAUUUAGAUCGUAGACGAGAAGAAGCAAGAAAUCCCAAACGCAAACCUCGUUUAAUGGAAGAAGAUGAACUUCCUGCAUGGCUUGUAAAAGAUGAUGCUGAAGUUGAAAAUUUAACAAACGAAGAAGAAGAUGACAAACUAUUUGGGCGUGGUUCUCGACAAAGGAAAGAUGUUGAUUAUUCUGAUUCAUUUACUGAUAAGCAGUGGUUGAAAGUCAUCGAAGAUGGUAAUCUUGAGGAACUUGAAACAAAGAAGAAACGAGCUACUCCAGGCCCAUCUACUGGUAAGAAACGUAAGAAGGAGAAAGAUCCUGAUCACGAAGGAGAACCUGAAGCAAAGAAAAAGAGACGUGGUAGACCGCCAGUGGAAAAAAUGCAACCAAAUCCUCCCCGCCUGACAGUCCAAAUGAAAAAGUUGCUUGAUAUCGUCAUUCAUUACAAAGAUAGUGAUGGUCGUGUCUUGAGUAAAGCCUUUAAGCAACUACCAUCCAAGCGUGAAUUGCCAGAUUAUUAUGAAGUUAUCAAGAAACCUGUGGACCUUCAAAAAAUCAAAUAUCGCAUAAAAGAACAUAGAUAUCGUUGUUUAGAUGAUUUGGAAUCUGAUUUCAUGUUGCUUUGCAAAAAUGCCCAGACAUAUAACGUGGAAGGCUCCCUAAUUUAUGAAGAUUCAAUUGUUUUGCAGUCUGUUUUUACCAAUGCCAGAGAAAGACUUGAGAAGGAUGGGGAUCUGUCUUUUGCAGGUGGAGAUAAUAAUAGUGACAGUGACAUGAAUGAUGAGCCUGAAGAGAAAACACAGAAAAGAAAAUCAAGAACAUCAAGGCGUUUUAUUAGUGAUGAUGAAGGAUCGGACAAUUUUGUGCAAAAAUCUGUGGAAUUUCUGCAGAAUUUGUCUUGGGUUUUCCUCUUAUAUUUGAAUAGAAUUGUUCUGCAGCUUAAGCAUCUGUUCUGCAACCUUAUCAACAUGGACGAAGUCCCUUUGACUUUCGACUGCCCUCCCAACAGGACUGUCACAUCUACCGGUGAGAAGAGCGUCGCCAUUACAACCACGGGGCAUGAAAAAACAUCAUUCACGUGUGUUUUGGCUUGCACGGCUAGCGGAGAGAAGCUGAAGCCUAUGCUGAUUUUUAAGCGGAAAACGGUCCCGAAGGAGUCUUUCCCGUCCACCGUUGUCAUCCGCUGCAACGAGAAGGGGUGGAUGAAUGAGGCCCUGAUGUCAGACUGGUUUAACGAAGUUUGGAGAAAAAGGAAAGGCGCUUUUUUCCAACCAAGUGGAAUGUUGAUUAUGGACUCCAUGGCGGCGCACAAGACCGACCCUGUGAAGGAAGCGGCGCGGCAAUGUUUGGCGUCCCUGGCCAUCAUACCAGGUGGGCUUACAAAAAAGUUGCAGCCCUUGGAUUUGGCCCCCAAUCACAGUUUUAAGAGCCACAUGCGUCAACAAUGGGAGUCCUGGAUGGUGAACGGACUGCACGAAUACACGAAAGGCGGCAACCUGAAGAAAGCGUCGUUCGCGGAAGUGGCGAAGUGGGUAGCUGCAGCUUGGAAUGCGGUAAAGCCGAGCACCAUAAUUUCCGGCUUCACCGAGGCGGAGAUCAUUCCCCGAGUCCCGGAUGUUGCUGCGGAGGACGAUGGCUCCGAUGACGAGGAAAACAGCCCGGAGCUCGAUGCAGACUUUCUAGGACUAUUUGCGUCCGACAGCGAGGACAAUCAAGCCAUGCGGCUUGCAAGUAUUGCUGCUUCACCACAACAGCAGCAAUCUUCACCCUUGCAAGGUACUCAACAUAUAAUAGCACCACAGCAACAAUCAUCUUUGCAACAUCAAACAUAUCCACCAGAUAACCUAGUUAUGCUUCAAAAAGCCAUUAAUUCUAUGGAAGAAAAGGGAAUGCAAGAGGAUCCAAGAUAUGCCCAGUUAAUGGCUAUGGCUACUAAUCAGGGUUCUGUUUCUGUUACUCAAAGGUCUUCAUUGUUAACCCAGGCCCAAGUGUUUCAAUUGAGGGCACAAAUAAUGGCAUAUAAACUUCUGGCUCGAAAUCAGACAGUUCCUGAACACAUCAUCAUUGCACUUCAAGGGAAACGACCAAUGCAAACCCAAGCAAUGUAUUCGCAGAGGCCACCUGGUGCACCAUCGCCUAUACAAUCUGUCCGUGCUGCUGGUCCUCAGAAUCAACAACCAACUCAAAACACAAGUGUAGGAACGGUCUCGCAGCAAAUGCCAUCUUCUCAAGCUAUGCACCCUCAUGUUAUACAGCAAUCAAUUUCACACCAACAGCAGCAAGCUACUACAGUUACUACUCAACAGUUGCAAACUAGCAAUGUACCACCAUCAGCAUCAUCCAUGGCUAUGCAAGGUACAUUAAAUAGACCUCAUUCAGCUUCUAAUUCUCACUCUGCACCUAUUCCUGCAAUGGUGCAAAUGCAACAGCAAAAACAAAAUCGCAUAACACCUGUUGCAAAACCCCAAGGAAUUGAUCCCAUAGAAAUCUUGAAAGAGAGAGAAAAUAGAUUAGCAGCUAGGGUAGCAUUACGUAUUCAAGAGUUGUCAUCUAUGCCUCCUGAUCUUCCUGAAGAUACUAAGACUAAAGUGAUGACUGAAUUAUUGGGCCUUCGUUUACUGAAUUUUCAGAGGCAGUUGAGAUCAGAAGUAAUUAGCUGCAUGAGACGUGAAAGUACAUUAGAAACAGCAUUGUAUCCAAAAUUGUACAAACGUACUAAACGUCAAGGUCUACGAGAAGCAAGAAUAACCGAAAAGUUAGAAAAGCAGCAGAAGCUUGAACAAGAAAGAAAAAGACGACAGAAACAUCAAGAGUACUUGAAUGCUGUAUUGCAGCAUGCAAAGGAUUUUAGAGAAUAUCAUAGAAAUAUGAUGGGAAAGAUAGGAAAGGUUAACAAAGCUGUGAUUACAUAUCAUGCCAACACUGAGCGAGAACAAAAGAAAGAACAGGAAAGAAUUGAUAAGGAACGUAUGAAACGCUUAAUGGCUGAAGAUGAAGAAGGAUAUCGCAAACUUAUUGAUCAAAAGAAAGAUAAAAGGUUAGCAUUUUUGCUAUCUCAGACUGAUGAAUAUAUUACUAAUCUCACAGAAAUGGUGAAGCUGCAUAAACUUGAGCAAAAAAAGAAAUUGAAAGCAAAACGGAAAGCUAAAAAGAAGAAGAAGAAGAAGCAGCAACAAAUGGGGGAAACUCCUGAUGCUAAUGAUUCUCUUCAAGAAAGUUUGAUUGAUGAAUGCUCUCAACAAAGUGAUCUUAGAGUCAAUGUCAUUGAAACUGCUACUGGGAAAACACUAACUGGAUCCAGUGCUCCUGUUGCAAGUCAGCUGGAUGCUUGGUUAGAGAUGCACCCAGGGUAUGAAGUGGCUCCUAGAGAAGCAAGUGAUGAUGAUGAAGAAGGGGAAGAAGAUACUUCAGAUUCUGAGGAGGAAGAUGAAUUUCCAAAAACACCUAAGCCUUUUGUAGAAAAAGCAGAAGUUUUUGUUAAACAAACACUUAAUGCUGCUGCUGCAGAAGAUGAUGAAUAUAUGACUAAAGGCGAUUAUCAAAAUUAUUAUAAAAUUGCCCAUGCUAUUGGGGAAGAAGUGACAGAACAAGCAUCAGUUAUGAUUAAUGGUAAGCUUAAGGAGUAUCAAGUGAAAGGAUUAGAGUGGUUAGUUUCUUUGUAUAACAAUAAUUUAAAUGGCAUAUUAGCAGAUGAAAUGGGCCUUGGAAAAACUAUUCAAACUAUUGCCUUAAUAACUUACCUCAUUGAGAAAAAAAGAGUUUUUGGCCCCUUCUUGAUCAUUGUGCCCCUGUCAACUUUAUCAAAUUGGAUGCUUGAAUUUGAUCGUUGGGCUCCAUCUGUUAUAAAAUAUGUUUAUAAAGGAUCCCCUAAUGUUAGAAAGCAGAUUGCGACUAGCUUGAAGGCUACUAAAUUUAAUGUUCUUUUAACAACCUAUGAAUAUGUGAUAAAGGAUAAAUCUACACUUGCAAAAGUAAGAUGGAAGUAUAUGAUUAUAGACGAAGGUCAUCGAAUGAAGAACCAGCAUUGUAAGCUUACUCAAAUACUAAAUACUCAUUAUACUGCUCCCCAUCGUUUGUUGCUCACUGGAACUCCACUUCAAAAUAAAUUACCAGAACUGUGGGCUCUUCUAAAUUUCUUACUUCCUAGCAUUUUCAAAUGCUGCAAUACCUUUGAACAAUGGUUUAAUGCCCCAUUUGCUACAACCGGUGAAAAAGUAGAGCUUAAUGAAGAAGAAACUAUUUUGAUUAUUAGGCGUCUACAUAAAGUUUUACGUCCAUUUUUAUUGAGAAGAUUAAAGAAAGAAGUAGAAUCUCAACUUCCUGAAAAAGUUGAGUAUGUUGUUAAGUGUGAUAUGUCUGCAUUGCAGCGUUUGAUGUACAGGCACAUGCAAACCAAAGGUGUUCUUUUAACUGAUGGUUCCGAAAAAGAUAAAAAAGGCAGGGGUGGCGCCAGGACACUUAUGAAUUCAAUCAUGCAGUUACGAAAAAUUUGUAAUCAUCCAUUUAUGUUUCAACAGAUUGAGGAAGCUUAUGCAGAACAUUUGGGUUUAAGUAAUACUAUUGUCAGUGGCCCUGAUUUGUACAGAUCUUCAGGGAAAUUUGAACUUCUUGAUCGAAUUCUACCCAAAUUGAAGAAAACUGGUCAUCGCAUUUUGCUUUUUUGCCAGAUGACAACCCUGAUGACUGUCAUGGAAGAUUAUUUGACUUACCGUGGCUAUUUAUACUUAAGACUUGAUGGCACAACCAAAUCAGAAGAUAGAGGACACUUAUUAGAAUUAUUUAACGAUCCAGACUCUCCGUAUUUUCUAUUUUUACUUAGUACUCGUGCUGGAGGUUUAGGUUUGAAUCUUCAAGCUGCAGAUACAGUUGUUAUUUUUGAUUCUGAUUGGAAUCCUCACCAGGAUCUGCAAGCUCAAGAUCGUGCUCAUCGUAUAGGUCAACAAAAUGAAGUUAGAGUCUUGAGACUGGUUACAGUAAAUUCUGUUGAAGAACGCAUCUUAGCUGCAGCUAAAUACAAGCUAAAUUUAGAUGAGAAGGUUAUUCAAGCUGGUAUGUUUGAUCAAAAAUCAACUGGAACUGACAGACAUCAGUUUUUGCAAGCAAUACUGGCUCAGGAUGAAGUUGAUGAAGAAGAAGAAAAUGAGGUGCCAGAUGAUGAAACUAUCAAUCAAAUGAUAGCCAGGAAUGAAGAUGAAUUUGAAUUGUUUCAAAAAAUGGAUUUAGAUCGUAGACGGGAGGAAGCUAAAAAUAUCAAACGCAAACCUCGUUUAAUGGAGGAAGAUGAACUCCCCGCUUGGCUCUUGAAAGAUGAUGCUGAAGUUGAAAGAUUAACUAAUGAAGAGGAAGAAGACAAGCUAUUUGGGCGAGGAUCUCGGCAGCGUAAAGAAGUGGAUUAUUCUGAUUCAUUUACAGAGAAGGAAUGGUUAAAAGCUAUUGAAGAUGGCAAUCUUGAGGAACUUGAAACCAAGAAAAGGAAACCUGUUCCAGGCAGUUCAUCCGGUAAAAAACGGAAAAAAGAAAAAGAUCCAGACCAUGAAACAGAGCCUGACUCAAAGAAAAAGAGACGGGGUAGGCCACCAGCAGAGAAAAUGCGGCCUAAUCCCUCUCGAUUAACUCUCCAUAUGAAGAAAUUACUUGAUAUUGUGAUUCACUAUAGAGAUAGUGAUGGUCGUGUUUUAAGUGAAGCUUUCAAACAACUACCUUCCAGGCGUGAAUUACCUGAUUAUUAUGAAGUCAUAAAGAAGCCUGUGGAUCUGCAGAAAAUUAAGCAUCGUAUUAAAGAGCAUAGGUAUCGCUCUUUAGAUGAUUUAGAGUCUGAUUUUAUGCUGCUUUGCAAUAAUGCUCAAACAUAUAAUGUGGAAGGAUCUGUGAUUUAUGAGGAUUCCAUAGUUCUGCAAUCUGUGUUUACCAAUGCUAGGGAACGAUUGGAGAAAGACAAGGAUCUUUCUUUUGCUAGUGGAGACGUUAGUGAUAGUGAUAUAUAUGAGGAACCUGAAGAGAAAGUGCGCAAAAGAAGGCCACGACAAGUCAGACGCUUUAUAAGCGAUGAUGAUGGUUCUGACAGUGAUACAUAA